GGAAGGAAGAUUUUCACCCAACAUAGUAAAGCGAAUGAUGAUGUAUUAGCUGAAAGGAGGCAAAGUGUUCAGCUUGAUUGCUUUGGCCAGUCAGCAGGAAGUAAUCUUCAUUUGGUUUCUGUUGUGGAAGAGUCUCUUCUCGAAUUGCAUCAUGUGGUCAAUGAAGAUGAGGAAGAGUCUGACUGUGGGAUGCAGGAGAAGAUAAGGAGGGGUAGGGGUCGUGGUCAAAGUGAAUUGGAUGGUUUUGAUGAAGAGCUAAUGGGUUCUUUAGCACUUGAGAAUGGAUUGGAUGAGAAAAAUGAUAAAAGACAACAUCAUAGAUCUCGGGAUUAG